UAUCCCUCCAUCAUCGUUCUACAACUUUGCCCGUCUUACUACUUACUUACUGUCUACUCUUCGAGACCCUCGUAUUCACCACAGACCGCACCUUUGAACACGAAGUACACACACACACACACACACACACAGACUUCCAACUCUAUAUUCAAUACCCGACUUCACCGCUGCUAGCCCCACCACUAUUUUGAGUUGGGGGCUGCAUACGCAAGCAGUCACUAGUAUCUGCUACUAUUAAACGCCUACAUACAUUUAUAGGACAUACCCGUGGUCCCUAUAUAUACCCUUCAUCCGGCUUCCAGCCUUGAGAGACCCUCUCUCUCCGGUUUUUUUCUCCCUUUUUCUCAGCGUGUCCUUCUCUGGCGUCCAUUAGCCAUGGCGUCCUCUGUUCUUCCGGCCUGUGCGACUUCGCACCAGCCCUCCUUCUCCCGGUAUCCUCCCAACCUGAUGGAUAUGGACGUUGAAAUGGAUAGUUUUGCUCCAUACCAACGCUUCCUCGCUCAUUCUCCGAGUCAGCGGGCCUUGAAUCGUCAGCGUUCUACGUCCUUCCCAUCGGUUUACUAUUCGGGCUCUCCUGAGCAUCAUCCAGUUGAGCCACGACGCAGGAAACAGAGCCCUGCCUCUCAGCACGGUCCUCGACGCCACCGUCAUGACAGCCCUUCUCGCCCUCAGCAGACCAAAUUCUCUCGGCAUUCGAUGUUGGUCAACCCAGACGUUAUCGACCGUCUGGAUAGCGCGAGUCUCUACCAAUACCAUCAUGAGGGACCUUACGAUGCUGUCUACCCGGAGAGAAACUACCAUACCAAACAGAGCCCAGUUGAGGCAGUCAAAGGCUCCACCGCAGAAGCCUUGAAGGCCACUCCGAAAGAUAAAAUUAGAGACUGCAUCGAUAGUCACCGUCCCCUUGACGGUGUGGCUUUCUACCCUCCAGGUCACACAGACAUGGAGGGCCGCACCUACGAAUACGAGGAGGGCACGAACAUGAUGAACGACUAUGGAAACUUUAUGCGUUGUCCUGGCCAGAAAUUCACCGAUGAAGAUUUCAAAAACGACCCCUUCUACAACAUGCCGCAUCCCAAACCGUUCGCUUCUCUCCGAAAGGCGCUCAGUCUCCGUCGUCGGAAGCGCCGUGGAACUUCUUAAACAAGUCCACGCGGACUUCAGUCUAUACGACCGUACUGCGGGGUACAGUUACGGUCAACUAGGGUAUAAUAUAAGGCAGCUGCGCCUUGGGGGCACUGCUAAAUUUCGCGAAUUUUCGGUGUCGGGUUCUAUAUGUAUUUUUACAAUGUUUCCACUGCUACACCGGUCACGACUACGGUGGAUACGGUAUGACAUGAUGGGUCACGCUCGGAGUUGAGGCAUGGAGUAACAUUGGG